AUGGCGGCUUACAAAGCGAGGUUGCAGGAGUUUGACAGGAUCCUGAGCCAAGAUGUGGUAGAGAUAAAGGCGCUCCGGAGGUUGUGUUUCACGGGAGCCCCAGAGGAAGGAGGAAGACGAGCACUGUGCUGGAAGUUACUACUGAAUUACCUGCCGUUAGAUACUAGCCAGUGGGAUGAAACUCUGCGCAAGAAGAGAGCGCAGUACCAGCAUUUUGUGGAGGAGAUGGUGGUGGAACCAGCCAGACUGAGCAAGAAUGGCAGCGGCAACAACCAUGUGGACGACCAUCCGCUGAACCCUAACCCAGAUUCUCAGUGGGGGUCAUUCUUCAAGGACAAUGAGGUCUUGGCACAAAUAGACAAAGAUAAAAGAAAAAAGAAAAAAAAAUCCUCACUUCCUGCAGGAGCCCCAGAGGAAGGGGGAAGACGAGCACUGUGCUGGAAGUUACUACUGAAUUACCUGCCGUUAGAUACUAGCCAGUGGGAUGAAACUCUGCGCAAGAAGAGAGCGCAGUACCAGCAUUUUGUGGAGGAGAUGGUGGUGGAACCAGCCAGACUGAGCAAGAAUGGCAGCGGCAACAACCACGUGGACGACCAUCCGCUGAAUCCCAACCCAGAUUCUCAGUGGGGGUCAUUCUUCAAGGACAAUGAGGUCUUGGCACAAAUAGACAAAGAUGUCAGACGACUCUGUCCUGACAUCAUGUUCUUUCAGCGAGGAACAAAUUACCCUUGCAGACUGAUUGUUGAUGACCAAGAUGUGGAGAGACUGAGUCAUCGUGUCACUCACUCUUCUCUCACUGCUUCCUCAGUUACAAGAAAGGGACUAGGGAUCACAAAGAUGGAAUCAGUAAGCCGUCGCUCAACCACAACAGAGGACUACCAUCCGCUCUCACCUGGAUCCGAAGCACACUGGGAAGUUGUUGAACGGAUUUUAUUCAUAUAUGCCAAGCUCAAUCCAGGACAGUCGUAUGUGCAAGGGAUGAACGAAAUUAUUGGGCCCAUUUACUACACAUUUGCAAGUGACCCCAAUGAAGCUUUUAGAGAAAUGGCUGAAGCUGACUGCUUCUGGUGCUUCAUCUCACUGAUGGGCGAGAUCAGGGACUUCUUCAUUCGCACACUGGAUGAGAGUGAGAGUGGCAUCGGGGCGAUGAUGAAUAGGCUAAUGGCUAACCUCAGGCAGCAUGACCACCAACUCUGGGACCGGCUGCGUGUCCAGGAGCUCAAGCCGCAGUUCUUCAGCUUCAGAUGGUUGACCCUUCUGCUGUCCCAGGAGUUUGACCUCCCCGACGUCAUCCGGGUGUGGGACUCCCUCUUUGCCGACUCUGACCGCUUCAGUUACCUCAUCCAAGUGUGCACUGCGAUGAUGGUGACACAGCGAGAUGUUAUGAUGGAGAAUGACUUUGCUGGUAAUAUGAAAAUACUGCAGGUAAGACUGAUAUCUCUGGACCAGUUAUUUGAUGUUAUUAAAUAUAGUAUGGUUGUAUUCUGA